AUGGAUAACAACAACGGAGAACCGCCAUGUCGACGUUGCGUAGAGCGGGGCCUCUCCUGUGUCUUGAACAAAAGUCUGCAAACCUUGAUCAGUGAACGAUCGCAAUGGAAGGACGACAUGCAUCGGGAUAUCGUCAACAUGCACGGAGCUGUCCAGGAUAUCUUGAAGAGACUAUCGAUGCCAGCACUACAGCCACUCAAAGCACCAUCAACAGAUGAUCCCCAAGAAACCUCACCUUACGAAGAUACCGUGGUCGGAAAAGUCGAAGACGUCGGUCCCUCUUGUGACAACUCUCCCAAACUACCACCGCAGACAGAGUCUGUACAAAACGUUCCUAUCGAAUCACUUUAUCAGAUCACACGGUUGCGUUCGCUACGAGCCGAGAACUCUGGAGAUGAGAGCAAGGUCGACGAGGGCUCAGAUGUGGUGUCCAAAGGCAUUGUAUCUCUUGAGGAAGCUGAGCGACUCACGAGACUAUAUCUUGGACGGCUGGAUCACUACGCCUACAGCAUUGCGAACAAGUUCACCGACCUGCAAUCUAUACGACGGCGCUCGGUGGCUCUGACAAACGCAAUCCUGACGGUAGCUGCAUUGCACGAUCCGGACAGCAACCAGCUCUUUGGACCUUGUUUGCGAGAGCUGAAACGAGUACUUUCAGAAUCCAUGUUUGUGCGUCGCACCGAUCGUGAAUAUCUGCGAGCCAUGUGUAUUGGAUCCUACUGGUUGAGUGAUAUCUCCUACACCCUUUGCGGACAUGCGAUUCGACGGGCUAUGGGCAUCAAUCUGAGUUCAAACUAUUACAGAGUGUUGAAUGAUGGUUCGGAAGAUGCUGCGGAUUGUCUUCGUUUAUGGUAUAUGCUCUACAUCUGUGAUCAGCAUCUGAGCAUUCUCUAUGGUCGACCCACGACAAUACGAAUCGACGAUCCUAGUUUACAGGGCUGGGAGCGAUAUCUGGAAGUGCGAGUGGCAGUGGAGCAAGACCGAAGGACUGCAAGUCAGGUUGCCAUCAUGGUAAUCAUGGGCUCAGUCAGAGAGUUCUUCGAACGACACAGCAGAAACACACAAACACUACCACAGAGCCUGACGGAGCAUAUUGCGUCUUUUGACCAUCAGAUCGAUCGAUGGGUAGAAACCUGGUACACACAUCUAAGACGACGCGACGACAUCGGAGACUGGCCCUCCAAAGGCGUCCUCCUGCACUCCAACCUCGCCCGCCUGCACCUCCACUCCCACAUCUUCAGAGGCCUAGCCAAGAUCCCCAUACCCCACUACUUCCGUUCUUCAGCCUCGUCUGCCGUAUCAGCCGCUCGAACAAUCGUCGAAGUGCUGUUGUCAGACACAGACAUGUGCGCAGGUCUAGUGGGCAUGCCACACUAUCUACACACCAUGGUAGCUUUUGCAUGCGGCUUCCUGCUCCAAAUGACCACAAAGCACGAUGGAGAUCUGGUGCAACGCACUCAGGUGCAUGACUUGAUCAAUCGUCUGGUGGCGCAAUUACGUCUGAUGCCAACGGGAAAGUACCAUCUAGUCCGCUUCAUGGCAGAAGGGCUGGAGAAGAUGGUAGAGGCGUCAAUGAGGACGCCCACGCAAGCUGCUGCUCAACUGUUCAACGGCGGCUUCCAGUACAUGAAUGAGCAGCACUAUGGCACUGGCAGCACAGCAACACAGAUGGAUAUGCUGGGUGGAACUGCUGCAGCCCAGCAGAACGAUUUCGGAAGCGGCAAUGAUUCAUUCAUGAUACCAGACUUUGGGCUUCCGAAUUCGUUCUUGCCGUUUGAGGAUCCUGUAUUCAGGACUUCGGACUUUGGUUAUCUUUAG